CUUUUUGUCGAUCUCGAACUUGGAAGUGGUUAAUUACUCCUCUCUCUAAUCCAACUAACCUCCCCAGCUCUCUCUCUCUCUCUCUCUCUCUCUCUAGGGUUUGGACGACAACUUUUCAGUUGUGAGCGUACUGCGAUUGCAGGGUUUUCGCUUUUCCAUGCCACAAUUGGAGAAGCCGUCUUGGUCCUUUCUGAUUGGGGAAGCCUUCCAUUUCAUCGGCAGGCAAGAUUUCGCCGAACGAGUAGGAUCGUCGUUUCGGCGAUAAUUGGGUCGUCGAUUACAUUUCCCCUGUGCUCAGUGGCAAAUGUUGUUCGGUUCAUGUUGAGUGAUCGUUGCAAUGGAUUUAAAUGCCUCACCUGUACCCGAAGAAGAUGAAGAAAGUUUUGAACGGCACAUAGAAGAAUUCCCUGCACCAGAAGAACGUAUAGAGUCUGCAGUUGAUAUAGCCCGUCGGGAGCGUGAUGAAAGACGAAAGCGAUUGAAAAUAGAACGCUCUGAUGAUAGACCAAUGCAUAUAUCUCAACCACCUGCAUAUGAUCCAUUUCAACCAAAAAACAUUAAGUCUUAUGAUAAAAGCAAGCUUCCCCCUGGUUGGUUGGACUGCCCUGCAUUUGGUCAGGAAAUAUUUGGCAUGAUUCCUUCCAAGGUUCCACUUAGUGAAUACUACAAUGACUUUGUUGCUCCGGGUAAAAGAUACUCAUUUAAGCAAGUGAUCCAUCAACAGAGAGUUUUAGGAAGAAAACUUGGUUUAGUGAUCGAUUUGACGAAUACGUCUCGAUACUAUCCAGUAUCAGAUUUAAAGAAAGAGGGUAUCAAGCAUGUUAAGAUUCAAUGCAGGGGGAGGGAUGCUGUACCUGAUAAUGCAUCUGUGAAUAACUUUGUCUUUGAGGUCUCUCAAUUCCUCUUUCGUCAGAAACAAGCAAAGAAGCACAUCCUUGUCCAUUGUACACAUGGACAUAAUCGCACAGGAUAUAUGAUAGUUCAUUAUAUUAUGCGCUCACAUCAAACUUCCGUUACUCAGGCAAUAAAAAUGUUUGCUGAAGCACGCACUCCAGGAAUCUACAAACCAGACUAUAUUGAUGCAUUGUAUACAUUUUAUCAUGAAAAAAAGCCCGAGAUGGUUGUUUACCCCUCUACUCCAGAGUGGAAAAGAUCUUCUGGUCUUGAUCUCAAUGGUGAAGCAAUGCCAGAUGAUGAUGAUGAUGGGGAUGCAGCUGCUCCUUUGAAUGAAAAUCAUGAUAUAGAGGUAGCGAUGACCAAUGACGAUGUAUUAGGGGAUGAGAUACCUAGGGACCAGCAAGAUAUACUGCGGCAUUUCUGCUAUCAAACGCUUAAGUUGGGUUUUGGGCCAAGGGCAAACACACAAUUUCCAGGGUCUCACCCAGUUUCUCUUAACAGUGUUCCUUGUUCUGGCACAAAUUCUGGCAUGAGGAGACCGAUGAGAGACAAUAUUUGUUGCGUGGUAUGCAGGGACAAUUUACAACUGUUGAGGCAGCGUUAUUAUUAUGCCACAUGGAAAGCUGAUGGAACACGGUAUAUGAUGCUAAUAACCAUAGAUGGAUGUUACUUGAUUGACAGGAGUUAUAAUUUCCGACGGGUGCAGAUGAGGUUUCCUUGCAGAAACACAAAUGAUGGUUUAGCCGACAAGACUCAUCACUUUACAUUACUCGAUGGGGAGAUGAUAAUCGAUACUUUGCCAGACUCAAAGAAGCAAGAGAGAAGAUACCUUAUCUAUGAUCUUAUGGCAAUAAAUCAAGUGCCUGUAAUAGAGCGGCCUUUCUACGAGCGGUGGAAGAUGCUUGAGAAAGAAGUGAUUGAACCUCGAAAUUUUGAACGCCACAAUAUUUACCAGUGUAGGAAUCCAUAUUAUAGAUACGACCUUGAACCAUUCAGGGUGAGGAGGAAAGACUUUUGGUUGCUCUCUACUGUUACCAAGCUUUUAAAGGAAUUCAUUCCAACGCUCUCACAUGAUGCAGAUGGUCUUAUUUUUCAGGGUUGGGAUGAUCCUUAUAUCCCUCGCACGCAUGAAGGCCUCUUGAAGUGGAAAUACGCUCACAUGAAUUCAGUUGACUUUCUGUUCGAGAUAGACAAUGAUGGUCGUCAACUACUUUUUCUGCAUGAACGGGGAAAGAAGAAACUGAUGGAAGGGAAAGGGAGUAGGGUUGUGUUCGGAGAUGGUUCAGACCCCUCCUUGUAUUCUGGAAAAAUUAUUGAGUGUAAGUGGGGUUUUGACGAAGAGGAAUGGAUCUUCAUGCGGAUCAGAGUAGAUAAAUCAACUCCGAAUGAUUUCAAUACUUACAAGAAGGUCAUGCGGAGUAUAAGGGACAAUAUCACACAGGAAGUCUUGUUGGACGAAAUUAAAGAGAUCAUUCGCUUACCCAUGUAUGCAGAUAGGAUACGGAACGAUAGUAAACCCCAUCAGCAUUCGAAUUCAGCACGGCGGAGGUGAUGGAUGGAGGGUUGAGCAAUAGAUGUCCACAAUACCUUUCGAGGUCUAUUAGUGAUCGGAGACAGAUUCUGAAGCAUACCCUUCCGAUAUCCGCAUGCACAGGUCACAUUACAAUUUCCAUGAUGCCAGAUUUUGGUAGGCGCUUUGCAUGGUCGGUCGGAUGGUUGGUGAGAUUUUCUGUAAUUAGCUAUUUUUAGCUAUAAUCUUGUAACGUGUGCUGUGCUGGUGCGUAGUUCGAUCCAGUUGGUACACUUGGUGCUCCUCAACAUCAGGCCUGAAAGUAAUUUUUCAUUUAGUUGUUCAGAUCAAGAGUUAGGAUUUAGGGUCUCCAUGUAUAUUAUUAUCGAUUAUCAUUAUUAUUAUUAUUAUAAUUAAUUUUUUAUUGUUA